GCUGCUUUCAGAAUCCACCGGUAAACAGGCAGGAGCGGAGCCCAGGGCUCUUCUUCCACCUCCCAGCUCACGGGCAGAAGAGCGAGGGCGAUUCUGCUGUCUUCGGAAAUGUCCCACACACAGAGGUUUUUGGUCACCGCUGUUCCCAGCCGGAGAGACGGGCUUGGAAGCAAUGGGAUGCAGAAUGGGGACAAUAAUGUCAGAGAGACAGAGAGCACUGUGCCCAUACUGGAGUAUCUCAGGGAGCCCAACAAAUACGGAGAUGGAAUUCCCAAAGAAAGCAGUCCUUUCAUCAACAGUACCGACAUUGACAAAGAAAUCAUGUAUGAGGGAAAAAACUUGGCGCUUUUUGAGGAAGAAAUGGACAGAAACCCAAUGGUUUCCUCCCUGCUUAACAGGCUGGCAAACUACACCAACUUGACUCAAGGUGUCCGAGAACAUGAGGAGGCAGAAAACAAUGAGGAACCACGAAAGAAGGAAAUUAAGGCUCCUCAAAUGGGCACAUUUAUAGGGGUCUACCUGCCAUGUCUACAGAAUAUUCUGGGAGUUAUCUUGUUCCUGCGCUUGACAUGGAUUGUAGGAGCAGCAGGAAUCUUUGGAUCCUUCUGGAUUGUCUUCAUAUGCUGUGCUUGUACCUUGCUGACUGCAAUAUCGAUGAGUGCUAUUGCAACCAAUGGUGUGGUGCCAGCUGGAGGCUCCUAUUACAUGAUUUCAAGGUCACUGGGCCCAGAGUUUGGAGGGGCUGUGGGUCUCUGCUUUUACCUGGGAACCACAUUUGCUGGAGCUAUGUACAUCCUGGGAACUAUUGAAAUCCUGUUGACCUACAUUGUUCCAAGUGCAGCUAUCUUCAAAGCAGAGGAUCCCAGCCAAGAAACCCAGGCCAUGCUGAAUAACAUGAGAGUUUACGGCACAUGCACGAUCACUCUGAUGGCUACAGUGGUAUUUGUUGGAGUCAAAUACGUCAACAAACUGGCUCUGGUUUUCCUAGCCUGUGUUAUCCUUUCCAUCCUUGCCAUCUAUGCAGGGGUCAUCAAAACUGCCUUCAGUCCACCUGAUUUUCCCCUCUGUAUGCUUGGAAACCGGACUUUAGCCUGGCAAGCCUUUGAUGUAUGUGCUAAGGUCAGCACUACAGGCAACCAGACCGUGACAACGCAACUCUGGCAACUCUUUUGUGAUAGCCCCUACCUCAACGCCACAUGUGAUGAAUACUUUACUCUCAACAAUGUCACAACAGUUCAAGGGAUACCUGGAAUUGCAAGCCGAGUAAUAAUUGACAAUAUCUGGAGUUCUUAUGGGUUACAGGGGGAGAUCUUGGAAAAGAGAGGAAUGCUAUCUGUGCCUGCAACGGAGAGUGCAACAAACACGGGACUCCCUUACGUCUUCAGUGACAUUGCAACCUACUUCACUAUGCUGGUUGGCAUCUACUUCCCAUCCGUGACAGGCAUCAUGGCUGGUUCAAAUAGAUCUGGAGACUUGAAGGAUGCUCAGAGAUCCAUCCCUACGGGAACACUGUUAGCAAUUAUUACAACCUCUUUCAUUUACUUGUCAUCCAUUAUCUUAUUUGGUGCUUGCAUUGAAGGUGUGCUCUUAAGGGACAAGUUUGGCGAGUCUGUAAAUGGCAACCUUGUCAUUGGGACUCUGGCUUGGCCAUCUCCCUGGGUUAUUGUGAUUGGUUCUUUUUUUUCAACGUGUGGUGCUGGCCUCCAGAGUCUAACUGGGGCUCCUCGGCUAAUGCAGGCCAUUGCAAGGGACGGGAUUGUUCCUUUCCUACGGGUUUUCGGUCAUGGAAAGGCAAAUGGUGAACCAACAUGGGCACUCCUCCUCACAGCUGGUAUUUGUGAGAUUGGCAUUUUGAUUGCUUCCCUUGACAGUGUAGCUCCCAUUCUUUCCAUGUUCUUCCUGAUGUGUUAUAUGUUUGUGAACUUGGCAUGCGCACUGCAAACACUCCUGAAAACACCUAAUUGGAGGCCACGAUUUACAUACUACCACUGGACUUUGUCCUUCCUGGGAAUGAGCUUAUGCCUUGCCUUGAUGUUCAUCUGUUCCUGGUAUUAUGCGCUGGUUGCCAUGGUAAUAGCAGGAUGUAUCUACAAGUAUAUUGAAUAUCGAGGGGCUGAGAAAGAAUGGGGUGAUGGCAUCAGGGGGCUGUCGCUAAAUGCUGCUCGAUAUGCUUUGCUGCGAUUGGAGGACGGUCCACCUCACACCAAGAACUGGAGGCCUCAACUGUUGAUAUUGCUGAACCUGGAUCCAGAACAGAAUGUGAAGCACCCUCGGCUCCUAUCACUCACCACACAGCUUAAGGCUGGCAAGGGAUUGACCAUUGUUGGCUCAGUGUUGGAAGGCACCUUUCUGGAGAGGCACACUGAUGUACAAAAUGCUGAGCAGAACAUCAAGACCUUGAUGGGGCUGGAGAAGACGAAAGGUUUCUGCCACGUAGUGGUAUCAUCCAACCGGCGAGACGGGGUCUCGCACUUGAUCCAAUCAUCUGGCCUGGGAGGAAUGAAGCACAACACUGUGCUGGUGGCGUGGCCAGAGUUAUGGAGGCAAACAGACGGUCCAACAGGCUGGAAGAACUUUGUCGACAUGGUACGUGAGACAACAGCCGCUCACCAAGCGCUGCUGGUGACCAAGAAUAUAGAUUCCUUCCCAACAAAUCAGGAGCGCUUUUCUGGAGGCACCAUUGAUAUCUGGUGGAUUGUCCAUGAUGGGGGAUUGCUGAUGUUGCUACCAUUUCUCCUCAGCCAACACAAGGUUUGGAAGAAGUGCAAGAUGCGCAUCUUCACCGUCGCCCAGAUAGAUGACAACAGCAUCCAGAUGAAGAAAGACUUGCAGUUGUUCCUGUAUCAACUUCGCCUUGAUGCUGAGGUCGAGGUGGUGGAAAUGCUUGACAAUGAUAUUUCAGCCUUCACAUAUGAGCGAACUUUAGUGAUGGAGCAAAGAUCACAGAUGUUGAAACAGAUGCAGCUCUCGAAAAAUGAGCGAGAACGAGAGAUUCAGAGCAUCACUGAUGAGUCCCGGGGCACUACACUAAGGAGGAAUUCUGCACGCGCGGCUUUGGAAUUCCAGGACAGGAAUCCUGAUGUACCGAAUGAAGAGGCCCAGCUGAUACAUGACCGGAAUGCAGCGGGCCACUCCUCUGGCACUGAUCGGCUCGCAGUUCCUCCUGAAGGAGUACACAUGACCUGGACCAAAGAGAAAAUUACUGCAGAAAAGAACAAAAAUAAAGAAUCUUUAUCGCCAGAAGGUGUGCGAGAUAUUUUUAACAUGAAACCAGAAUGGGGAAAUCUGAAUCAGUCCAAUGUUAGGAGGAUGCACACAGCAGUGAAGCUCAAUGAAGUCGUUGUUAACAGAUCCCAGGAUGCCAGACUUGUGUUACUGAACAUGCCAGGUCCCCCCAAGAACAGACAAGGAGAUGAAAACUACAUGGAGUUUCUGGAGGUGCUGACUGAGGGCUUGAACAGAGUCCUGAUGGUACGAGGUGGUGGCAGUGAAGUGAUCACUAUUUAUUCAUAAGGCUGCUGCGUUGUCAUGAAGCACAAAUACCAAAUGUGAUGCCAACAAAUUUCACCAGUGACGUUUGGCUUUUGUGUGUCAGGGGAUGUUUGGGGGAUGGUUGCUUCUGUGUGUCCUUUGCUGCUCGGAUUUUUUUUUUGGUUGUGAUUAGAACAGAGAAGCAUCUUGAUGCUGAGAAGACUUCCACACGUGUUCUGGACCAUGAUGGAGUGACUGGAGUCAUUGCUGCACGGUUUCUUGAUGGAAAGAGGGGGGAUAAAAAGCACUUGCAUCGUGUGAACAGAAGACUCAAGUUUGUUUUCUCUCUCUGAACAAUUCUGUGCAAAUUCUAUAGGUGUAUACUACUGUUAAGAAUGUUGGCAUAUUCUUAGAUGCUUAGUAAUCAAUGGUUAUAUAUCUGUGCUGCUUUCACAGAAACAGUUGCGUAGAAGCCAAGAAAUAUCAGGACCAUUUGGGGAGAAAAAGAUGAGAAUGCAUUUUGCAAAAGUGUUUGUUUUCAUUGUCUAAAUAAAUGCAAAAUUCCUAUUUUUUUUUCUACUCAAUCUUGGUUUUGCCAGGACAAACACACCCGCGGUCUGAACUCUCUCUCCAGGCACUUGCUAGGGCUGAUCACUAGGUGGCCAUCCUGCUCUUUUUAAUCUUACCCAGGAGCUCCGCAUUUGGCGUCUCCCCUCACUGUUGCUCCGUUGCGAUGGGGAGAAGCCUAUCCGAUUGUUGAGAAGCCCACGCUGUUUUGUGGGUACUCUUGUGCCACUUUACUUUUUCGUUUAUUUUUAAACCAGUUUAAACAUGAGUUUAGUUUCUUGAGGGAAGAUGGGCUUGAAUGACAGCCUCAUUUUUACAAACACACGCAGUAUAGUGCAGAUGGCAUGAGUUUUAAUGCUGGAAUGUAUUAUAUAUAAAGUACUUUGUCAAAUACUUUUCUAUAAGUGAAAAGCCAGCAUUAAAUGUAGCAAGGUAUGAAUUUUUAAACUUAGUUUAUGCUGGAGUGCUGUUUCUUAAACUAAGAAACUGUUGUCUUGAUUAAAUGACCAUAAAGAUUAAAAUAAUGGGUAUUAACCUAUUUACUAGCCCAGAAUAGAAGCUGGAUAGGUACUUCAAUUUCCUUUGUUUUCUACAUACUGUACAAAUGUACAUCUGGGAUCUCUACCUCUUCGUUUCCAAUGAGAAUUGGGUGGGUUUCAUACCAAGUUUAUAUAUAAAGGACUGGAUAUCCACCCUACAAGACUUAUCCCUCUGUUCAUGAUUGACACUGCAAGAAGAACUCUAUCUUCUGCAUGAGGAUUUUUGGUACAUAAACUUGUGUGAUUUUCUCUAUGCUAAUGUUCUAAUUGAGAUGAUCUAUCCCAAAGGUUCACUUUAUUUUUAUAGAAAUGAAGAACUGAAUGUGGUACGUUUUUCUUCUGAGCUUGUUUUUUUUUGUUUUUGUUUUUGUUCUUGUUCAGUUUGAACCCAUCUUGAGUUGCUCACUGUAAAUCACCUGGUUCCUGUUUUUCUGACGCUCCCAGUGCUGGAACAUAUUUAGCAGGUGUAUUGUCUCCCUGUAUGGGUUAAGUAAAGUGGUUUAAAAUGUACGAAGAUUUUCCAAAGUGCUUUCACAUCAAGGCACAUGGGCCAUUUAUUUUGACCUUGGCUGUUGGCACAGGCCUGGCUGUAGCUAUGGGCCUGGUCCUGAGUCAGCCCAAGCUGGACUUGCCCUGUGGGCAUAGCUUCUCUGUCACAGAGCCCGAUGAGACCACUUUUGUCAUUCAUGUUAUUAUAAAAUUAACACUUAGUCUCUCAUUUCUCUUGUGUAACUGCUAUGAAUUAUUUUAUACAUUGGUUGGUUCAGCUUCUGUUUGGUGAUGGGACCCUUCCUCCAUAUCCGAUGCUACAUUCAGUCGAUGUUCUGUUCAUACGUAGGCAUCUUGCAUCAAUUUUAUAUUAAUCAUUGCUCUGAAUGCUGGCUAAACUUUCAUAGCUAUUCUGAGGUGAGAGAUCUGCAAGAUUCUGCACAGAUUGACCUUUAGUGAAUCCCGUUUCACAAGUGGUGACUUUUUUUUUGUCUUGUUGCUAGGUCAUUUCUAUUAGGUAAGAGAAAACCAGAAUGCAGUAUUUUCUGUUCACCGGCUUAUUUGGAUAACUUAACUGUUCAAAAAACAAAGUCCGUCAGCUUGAUUGAAGUAAAAUCAACUCAAACGUUUGCCAUAUAUAAAAAAUUGACUGUUACAAUUUGUUGUUAACUCAAUUGCACUUAUGCUUUGCAAUGAAAUGACCAUUGUUGCAGAAUACUGCGAAGGAGAGCCUUUGAUCUGUGGCCAUGUUUGUGUAUGUUCCACACCUUUUACCGUUUUGAAAGUGUGGGCUCUGAUUUAAAAUUCAUGGGGAGCAUGUGUCACCAAAUAUUUUAUUAAAAAUGUAAUAAGUUUAUGUUCUCUCUGUAGCCCGGUCAGAUCAACGAUGAGCUUUUCUCCCUAAUGGUAAAGAAAUUGGAUUAGGUAGUUUGGGUAACCUUUUAUAGGAAAACACUCCCAUUACUUUGGGCCCAGCUAAUGGAAUUUUCCCAGCCAGGUUGCAUUUUUUUGAGAGGAGCUUGUUCUCUCGUUCCUAAGUUUGCAUUGUACAUGGGAAUGUAUAUACAUAUACUUGAUGAUGAAGAGAGAGAUCUGGAGGGUCUAAUUUGUAACAAAAGCUUCUUAAUUCUUUUGCAUCAAUCCUCCAUGUGCUAGAGGUGUUGAGAUUGGAGCUGUCUGCAUACCAACAGAUUUGGGAAAUUGUAAUCCAGCUAUAGGUACUUGACAAAACUAUAUAUUGGCAGAAAGCUUUGGGAGGUUACGUUGUGAUUUGAGAUUGAGACUACAUGUGUAAAGUUCCUUUAGCGAAGCACAGAUCACUGGGAGCUGCAGUUUUCAAACAAAAGUUUUUCACAGGCCCUUUCACACAUGCAUAAAGAAUGGCCAAGUGAUGCACUGAAUAGACACAUUUGGUGUGAAGUUGGUCUUUUAUUUCUAGUUCUUUUUUUAAGAGUCUAAUUUUUAAAAUUACCAGCCUUCGUAUAUUAGUUGCAUCUUUUGAUGAGUAAUUUAAACUAGUUGUAAUCACUACUCAUGCCAGUUUUGGUGGGGUAAUUUAUUUGGGCUAUGUUUUAUUUUCUGUGGGGAGGUGGGAUGAACGGAACAGGGUUUUACAAAAAGACUGGUGUAAGUGUAACUAAAACUUAGCAAAUGUUACAAUUGUAUAAAUAACCACAUGUAUUUAACAACUUGACAUUAUGAAAUUAAAUUUCCAACCUUUCUAAAGA